AUGGCUGGGGCGGCGACGGUCAUGUCAGGCACGCUUCACCCGUCACCAGGGCACCACCGCCUGCAAGACUCCCGAUGCUCGCCGCAUCCUGACAUUCACUCUCGACCGCUUCUUCACCGGCAGAGAAAGACGUGCACUGCCGCACUGCAUCCGCCGGCCGCCGCUGAAACACCUCGCGCCCUCGUCCCCGCCAAAACCGUGGUCCCUGGUCGAGCAUUCUUAGCAUACAACGUAUACGCGUCUACCCGCACAGAGUCAGAUCGCCGCCCAAGCCAGUCCACAGUGCGCAAGACCGUCUCCACAGAGCUUGAACACGUCAAAACUGUCGCCGUUGGGGCUCUGCGCCGCAUGACUGCCCACCACCACUCACUCACCACCACCACCACCGCAGUCAGCGCUCAAUGGGAACUGGUCCUGGACCGUCGAUGA